AUGGCGCAAGAGCUCUCCUCUAACUGGAAGAAGCUCCAAGCAAAGAUCAAAGCCGAAUCCACAACCUCCACCACAUCGGCCGGAGCAUCUUCCACCACAACCACAACGACAGCCACCAAGAGGAAGAAAGCCAACGGUUCCAAUACCGCCCAGCCGCAGCCUCCUAAAAAGCAGAAGCUGGGAAGCCAUCAGGUCUCAUCACAGUCCACCAGCAGGCAUCCCAAAUCAGUUGUUAGAAAUACGACAAGCAAGAAACCAGGACCACCCAUGGGCAACACGCAGUCCUCAGCCCCCGUCAAAGGCACCGCAGCGACCAUCACGCCCUCCCUGGCGCUCUGGGCCGAAGACAACGACAUCUCGCCCGAGGACCUGGCCGAAGCGUACAACCUGGGCGGCAGCAAGCCCGGACGGCGCACCGGCGGCACCCCUGCCAUCCUCACCACAGAGCGGCACCGCAUCAACGAAGGCCUAGCCCCCGGCGUCGACGUGGGCAAGUACAUAGCGCUCGACUGCGAAAUGGUCGGCGUCGGCCCCGACGGCCAAGACCACGCCCUAGCCCGCGCGUCGCUAGUCGACUUCCACGGCCGCCAGGUAUACGACUCGUUCGUGCGGCCGCGGUCGCGCGUGACCGACUUCCGGACGCACAUCACGGGCAUCACGGCCUCGACCCUGCAUCCAAACUCAGGCCCGCGCGAGUUCGCCGAGGUACAGCGCACCAUCGCGGACCUCCUGCGCGGCCGCAUCGUCGUGGGCCACGACAUCCGGCACGACCUCGCCGUGCUGGAACUGAACCACCCGACGCCCAUGGUGCGCGACACGGCGCGGUUCAGCGGGUAUAGGCGGUAUGGGCACGGCCCGAAGCCGGCGUUACGGGUUCUGGCGCGCGAGGUGCUGGGGCUGGAGGACUUCCAGACGGGUGCGCAUAGCAGUAUUGAGGAUGCGCGCGUCGCGAUGCUGUUGUUUCGCCGCCGCAAGUCUGAGUUCGAUGUCGAGCAUGCGAAUAAGUACGGGGUGCCGUCGGCGGACGAGGCGCCAAGGCGGGGUGCGGGAGCUGGAGUUGGAGAUGGAGCUAAGGGUAAGGGGGAGUUGAAGAAGGGGAAGGGGCCGAAUGGGGGGAAGAAGAAGAAAAAGAAGCGUUGA